AUCUGUUUCUGAUUUCUGUGGGUUCUGAAGUUUUGUUUGUCGUAAAGGAAAGUAAGUCACUUAAAUAAAUACUGUAUUUAUUAGUAAACAUUUUUAAUUUGACAAAUUUAUCUUGAUAAUUUUUCAAGUUUGAAGAAUGGAAAACGAAGGUGUGACUCCAGCGUACAUGCAGCUAGCUCACUGGCGAUUCACUCUGAAGCUGGCAGAGGAACGCAAUAACAAUGAGCUGAAAGAGAAACUGUUUGCUGGUAUUAAACAGGGUAACAUGGCGCCCUACUACAAGGAGGUGUGCACCGACCUUGGCUGGGACUUUGACCAAGGGCUGUUCGACAAAAUGGCCGCCUACAAUGUGGAGCAUCUGGCCCGCAUUGAGAAGGAACACGAGAACAGUGUCGUUGAGGAGGAAGAUCAGGUGAGCGGAGUGUGGCAGGCCAAACUUGACUACCUGUGUUCGAUCGGCGACCGAGAGGCGGCCACUCAACUGGCCCAGUCCAAGCUGGACGAGAAGUCCGUGCCCAAGUCGCACCGCAUCGAGGCCGUCUUCACCCUCUUCCGCAUCGCCUUCUUCCACGGCUGCGACAUCAAGGCUAUGGCUAAGGCUAUCGAGAAGGCUACUGAGCUUAUUGAAGGCAUAAGCGGAGGCGACUGGAGCGCUCGCAACAAGCUGAAGGCGUACGAGGGCGUGUGGAGCCUGGCCAUCAGGGAUUUCCAUCGCGCCGCACUCCUAUUCGUCGACGUCGUGCCCACCUUCGAGUCGUACGAACUGGCCGACUUCGGCACCAUCAUCCGCUACACGGUACUAGCCUGCAUGAUCGCUCUGGACCGCUACGCACUGCGCAAGAAGUUGAUGAAUGCAGGUGUAAUGGCACAGGCUUUGCACUCACAGUACCAGGAGCUGCGCGAGUACUUUGUCUCUCUGUACGAGGGGCGCUACGCCGACUUCCUCAUCUGCCUGGCCAGGAUUGAACAGGAGAUGAAGCGAGACCCACUCACGCACCCGCACUACCGCCACUACGUACAGGAGAUGCGUCUGCGCGCUUACAAACAGAUAUUGCAGGCUUACAGAUCGCUGUCGCUGGACUACAUGGCGAAGUCGUUCGGCGUGAGCGGCGAGUUCAUUGAGCGGGAGGUGGCGCGGUUCGCGGCAGCCGGCCGACUGCAGUGCAAGAUCGACUGCGUGGCGGGCACAGUGGUGACGUCAAACCACAUCACCGACGACGCCCUCUCCACCAAGGAGGCGCCCGAGGCCAGCGCCGAUCGCGGCAUGCUCUACCAGACCACCGUCAAGCGCGGCGACAUCCUGCUCAACCGGCUCAAGAAGCUCGCCAGGGUCAUGGAUUUCUAAACAAAGCAUCCGUGGUUAGGUUGAUAUUUAUCGAAAUUUCGGUUAUAGUGAGAUUCACUUGAAGCAUUAUAAAAAAUGACAACAAUCAGUGAUGUUAUUUGUAUGGGUCAAAACUUAGUGAAGCGGCGAAGUUAGCAGAGAAUCAGAGUGUAGCAGAGAAGGUAGCUGAGAGUGUUAAGGUGCGUACAGACUUCUGCCCCACGUGCACGCGUAUUUCACUUUUAAUCAGCUGAUGAAUAUAGCAAUAUACAAUAUCUUACUGUUUGUGUACAAAUAAAGAUAUGAUAUGGCAUCAGCUGAUGAAAAGUGAAGUGUAUGUGUUUGUGGCGCAGAAGUCUGUACGCACCUUGAAAUAGAAAUGAAUGUAUUCUGUAUCGUACUGUUUCUGUACAAAUACAGAUAUAAUAAGAAUGGCAUCAGCUGCUGAAAAGUGGAAUGCAUGUGUUCGUGGUGUAGAAGUCUGUAUGCACCUUAAAAUAGUAAUCAAUGUAUUCAGUAUCUUACUGUUUCUAUACAAAUACAGAUAUAAUAAGAAUAGUAUCAGCUGAGGAAAGUGAAAUGCACGUGUUCGUGGAGCAGAAGUCUGUAUGCACCUUAAAAUAGGAAUGAAUGUAUUCAAAUGUAUCAUACAUAUUCAUACAUUCAUUCAUUUACGAAAAUACAUAAUCAAGUCGAUAAUUGAGACAGAAUCAAGAGGAUUGCCCCAAAAAUGGUUCUAGUGAUAUUGGAGCGGUUAAGGUAGGAUAGACGUUAGAAGGAAGCGGAGACAUUCAGAUAGGACUGCAUGCACUUUAAACAUUGUCUUCUAACUUCUCAGCUACAUUCUACCUUCGUCACUCCACUAUAUUUUGAUCCUGAGGAUUGCUGAUAGUUUGAAUGAAGCGAAUCCCACUAUAAAGUAUUGAUUAUAACAUCAAGAAGCUGGCACGUGUCAUGGACUUUCAAGUUUAUUUAAAAAUACAAUGUUUCUUUAUUCGAAAUUUGUGUUUAGUGUAUUGUUUAAUAACAAAUGCAUUUUCUAACAAA